UAUUUGAUUAAACCAUAAGAAACAGACAAACAAACUUUCGCCACAUGAAUUUAAAUGAAAUUCUUAUGUAAACGUGCAUUCCAUCAAGAUUAGUUUUACUUUUAUAAUAUAAAGUCCAUGUAACCAAAGAAUUAGCAUUAUCAGCAGAAAUGGCAAUCGAGGCAUGGUUUAUGGAUGAAAAUUCAGAAGAUCAGCGGCUACCGCAACAGAAGAACCCACCGGAGUUUGUUUCAGUGGAGAAAUUAGCAGCAAUCGGAGUUUUAUACUGGAAAUUGAACCCUAAUGAUUACGAGAACGAUGAAGAAUUGAAAAAAAUUCGUGAAAGUAGAGGCUACAGCUACAUGGACUUGCUGGAUUUGUGUCCUCAGAAGGUGGAUAACUAUGAGCAGAAGUUGAAAAAUUUCUAUACGGAGCACAUACACGCAGAUGAGGAGAUACGUUACUGUCUGGAAGGGAGUGGAUAUUUUGAUGUGAGAGACAAGGAUGAUCGCUGGAUUCGCAUCUGGAUGAAGGCCGGUGAUAUGAUUGUCUUGCCUGCUGGGAUUUACCACCGGUUCACCCUAGAUACUGAUAACUAUGUCAAGUUGAUGAGGUUGUUUGUGGGAGAGCCGGUGUGGACGCCUUACAAUCGACCACAAGAAGAUCAUCCAGCAAGGAAGGAGUACAUCAAGAGUGUUACUGAAAGAGUAGGAGUGCCUCUUACAGCACACUAAGACAUAUUUGAGCUUUGCAAACCUGAGAGUGAGGCAAAUUAUUGAAACUUGGUAAUAAAUUUUGCUGCCGUGCUGCAUAUUGAUUGUUGUAUGUUUGUAUAGAAUAUGUUAUGUAUAUCUUUGAGUUAUGGCUGUGUAAAAUGAAGUUCCUGUAUUUGGAUAUCAAAGAGUCUUUAAGACUAGUUGCAACUUUAUCUUUA